AUGGAAUCGCCGACUGCAAUAAACUCAACAUCUUCAUUAUUCGAAGUAUAUUUACGAUUAAGGCCUCCUCCAAUAUCAACGCAACAAUUGUACCCCACUUUACCAAUACCAGAGCGCUUUCUUACAGUUGAAGAACCCACUGAAGAAGAACUCGAAGAUGGAACGGCUUCUCCGACCCACAUUACAUUGAAUCCACCAAAUGAUAACAGACGCAGGGCAGUGGAGAGAUUCGCCUUCACUCGGGUCUUUGAAGAAGAAAGUACACAAUUGGACGUGUUUCAAGGAACCGGUGUGCUGCCUUUGGUAGAAGGUGUAUUGGGACCAGAUGGUGGAGAGGGUAGAGAUGGAUUACUUGCUACAUUGGGAGUCACUGGCUCUGGAAAGAGUCAUACAAUUCUUGGUUCUCGAAGUCAGCGCGGUCUCACACAACUUGCGCUCGAUUUACUGUUUCGUUCCAUUGACAACAACAUUCUCGAUGUCAAUUCACACCCUGGAUUACAUGGUUCAAUUGCAGCAUCAGAUCCAUCAGAGGCCCAAGUUAUGUCUGCGCAGAUGUUUUUAGAUACAUAUUACUUCGACCCAGCUUCAUCUCGAGGAAGCUCCAGAGCUCCAACACCCCAGGUGGUACGCGUGCCCAUUCCCUACCACCCAAGUCCAGCCAAAUUAUAUCCAUAUUUGCCCCCGUUCCAGGCAACAGGAAGUCCUAAGAGCAUCAGGAUCGUAGUCAACCAAGAUGAUAGUAAAACACCAGGAUGUGCGCCAGUGCCAAUUCCAGGAGAAUCGACAGUAUCGAUGACUUCCUUUAUUCCCUCAUUUAUGCAAGCUACUGCAACAGCAGCCAGGAAAAUGAUUAGUGCUAAAACUCCUCAAAAGGGCGAUUCUUACCAACCUCCGAGACGAACGAUACCCACAAGACCAUCGGCUUUGCCAAGUAGUCCGGAUAUUACAGGAAUUACGGUUGAUGUCGAUCAUCAUGCGGAGUAUGCGAUUCUGAUCUCGAUGUACGAAGUUUACAAUGAUAGGAUAUUCGAUCUUUUAACGCCAGCGGCACUAAGCAAAUCUACAAAGGAAUCUAGAAGAAGGCCGCUACUGUUUAAACCUACGGAGCAAUCACCCGAACGAAAAGUGGUUGCUGGACUAAGAAAAGUUAUCUGUGGUAGCAUGAAAGAUGCUCUCAUGGUUUUGGAAGCUGGUCUCAAUGAACGAAGAGUUGCGGGGACAAAUUCUAACAGUACAUCAUCUAGGUCUCAUGGCUUUUUCUGUGUCGAGGUAAAGAAGAGGAGAAGAUCGAGAACGCCAGGCACUUGGGGAGGAAGUUCACUUACAGUUGUAGAUUUGGCUGGAAGUGAAAGAGCUAGAGAAGCCAAGACCGCCGGUGCUACAUUAGCUGAGGCUGGAAAGAUUAAUGAGAGUUUGAUGUAUCUAGGACAGUGUUUGCAGAUGCAAUCAGAUUUGGAAAGUAACACAAAGCCAAAUCUUGUUCCAUUUCGCCAAUGUAAACUCACCGAACUUCUUUUCUCAAACUCGUUCCCAUCUCAUGGCGCAAAACCACCUUCUACAGCCACCCACCAUCAUCGCAAUCUUCAAAAAGCAAUCAUGAUCGUUACGGCUGAUCCAUUGGGAGACUUUAAUGCAACUUCGCAAAUCCUGCGGUACUCGGCUUUGGCGAAAGAGAUCACGGUUCCAAGAAUUCCAUCAAUCACAGCUACUAUUCUCGGAUCAUCUCAAUCGUCUAAUAGACAUCCAAGUUACACCAGCCCUACUUCUCCUACUUUCUCUCGAUACCGCGAUGGUCCACAUCAGACACCUACCGAUACAGAACGAGAAACCAUGGAAAUCGCGGCAUUAGAAAUCGCACGCAUGUCUGAGGAAAUCGAUGGUCUACGCAAUGAAUUGGAACGCGAGUCAAGAUUAAGAAUGGAAAGUGAAGCACAUCUCCAAAGUAUGGAAGACAGAAUGUUGGAACUAGAGAUGGAAAUUCGAGAAGAAUGCUACGAGGAAAUGGAAAAGAGAAUCCAAGAAGAAGGUAGAAAGUGGAUGAUAAGAUUAGAGGAGCAUGGAGAGAGGGAAGAGGAAUGGAGGGAUAGAAAGGUGGAAGUCGUGGUUCGAGGUUUAGGUGCAGGCAUUGUUGGGAUUGCUGGAGAUGAAAAUAAAGAAAACCAGGACGGAGACCCAACGCUCGGACUCGAAAUGGAAAACGCAAAGUUGUUGAGGGAAGUUGAGAGAUUGAAGAGAGAGUUGAAUAGCAGAAGUCCGACAAAACCUCGAAAGCCUUCAAACAGGAUCCUGAAGGAGAGCCGAACACAUGCUAUGGAUAAAUCAGCAUCGCCAAUUCCAGAUGACACCCUUGAGAAUGAGGGACUGGAAUUGCGGGACAGUAUGGCGAGAUUGAAGGUUGAGGAUGACGAGGUUGGAGUCGCCAGAAGUGCGAGUGCGAGAUUAAGGAUUAAAAAGAGAGAUGUAGGUCCAGGAAGUCCGACUAAGAGAGUUAGAAAACUGGCGCCGAGGAAGUGGGAUUUUGCUGAUGAAGAUGAUUUUUAA